AUGUUGGCUCCACGCCGCUUUAAUUGGAUCUCCCCCCUUUCCGAUCGUCGCGCCCGGCUCUGGCAAUCACUCCAUUUCCUGCUAGAACAGCAUGCGCCAGACGGGGCUCAGCCGACCCUGAGAGGCAGCGUCGGCCUCCCACGAUUCAACGCCAUCAAUGAAGUCGCGCGAGAAAAUCACAUUGCGAACGCGGACGAGAUUCGACUCCCUCUGCAAGCCGCACACGAUGGCUUUGUGCAGGAUAUCCGCGAUCUAAAUGUCGAUCGUGCCUACGUCCCGGGAACGGUGGGGAUAGUGUCAUCCGCCGGCGGGUCAUACUUACCCACUUUUAUAGUGUCUCUCCAUUUGCUGCGGCAAACAGGAUCGGAUUUGCCGGUCGAGCUCUUCAUGAAGGACUCGUCCGAGUAUGAACCACAUAUUUGUGAGGUGAUCUUACCCCCUCUGGGGGUAAAAUGCGUUGUUCUCUCCGAGAUCCUGACAGGCCAGGAUGACGCUCAUCCUAUCGAGGGUUUUCAGCUCAAAGCAUUUGCGAUGCUGUUCUCCUCAUUCGAGAAGUUUCUCUGGUUAGACGCAGACUGUGUCCCUAUACACAACCCCGCGCCAAUCCUUAGUUCUGAGCCUUUUAUAUCGACUGGGCUUGUGACCUGGCCGGACUUCUGGGCGAAUACAGCUGCUCCUGUGUACUUUGAUAUCUCCCGCCAACCGGCGCCUCCAUCCACUGCUCGACAAGCGACAGAAGCAGGAGUGCUACUUCUUUCAAAAACAACUCAUUUUCAUACUUUACUCCUCGCUGUGUACUAUAAUUACUACGGUCCGGACUACUAUUACCCACUACUCAGCCAAGGCGCCCCUGGGGCAGGCGACAAAGACACCUUCCUUCACGCCGCAACCGCCCUCAACAGCACGUUUUACUCUGUCAGCGAAGCAGUCGUGGACCUAGGAAACGUCACCCCUUGGAAUCCCAGCACUGCCGUUAACGCCGGGUACAUUCAAGCCGAUCCCAUCCAGGACUAUAAUCUCACGAGCCAGGGGAAAUGGAGGACCCAGGAUCCAACGGUGUCCCACCCUCCCCGGGCCUUGUUCAGCCUGCUAGGCGAAAAGCUGCAUGGAUUUGAUGGAAAACACACCAGAUUAUGGACUCAUCCGCCCGAGGCCAUGGAGAGGAUUGGGUAUGAUGCUGAGAGGAAGUUCUGGGAGGUGACUUUGGAAGUGACCUGCAGUAUGGAGUCGGUGUUUGAGACGUGGAAGUCAAAAACUGGGCUCUGCGAUGAUGUACGGGCGCAUUGGACAGCUGUCUUUGAAGAUCCAGACAAGGAAGCCCCGAGAUUUACGGAUGAUGGCUCGCGUUGAAUAUCGUCCGGGAGUCACCCUCGUAGCUCUGGUGUCUGCAAAAUAACUGGAGGUCUAACCCGAACACUAAGUUGGGA